AUGUUAAUGGAUAACUCUGCACAAACUCGAGCGCACUGUGUGUUUCUACUUGCCCUGCUGUCGAAGAGUGUGUGCGGUGACUGGCGGUCGUCGGUUUACCGCUGGGCCCUGCAAAGUAACAGUGAAUCUGAGCGGGCCAGUGCUGUCAGAGGCUUCCCCCUUCUGCUGCACAAUCUAGGAGUCAAAUCCUAUAGCCUCAUCCACGAGGUCCUUCUGAACAGACUCCAGGACAGCUCAACAGAAGUCAAAAUCGAGCUGGCCGGUAUUACAGGGCAGUUGGCUUGCUGUUUGUCUGAGAGCUCACAACUGCAGUUCCCUCAGGAUAUGAUGCCAUCCCAUGAGUUGCUCUGUGUUGGUCUCAGCAUUUCAGACUCCCACCCCAGCCAGACUUCCUCCAUCGGAGCCUCCAUCAUUCCUUCUUUCCUUCUGCUGCUCAAAUCUGUGGAGGACAAGAAGGUCAAGCAAGCUUUUAUCAGGAAUAUACGGCACUUGUUCAAACAUGUGGAUCUGGGUAACAGUGACCCUGACACAAAAUCUCUGGUUAGCGCAUUAGUCAACCUCAUUGAAGACCCUGACCAGGACGUCCGCAUAAAAUUUGGCCUAAAUAUCAAGAAUCUUCUAGAGUUUUGGAAUGGAAAUGGCUUCCUAAAAGAGCUUCUUGUGUCCAGACUAAAAGAAGCUUACACAAAUGCAAAGACCUCCAGAAACAAUGAACUCAAAAACACACUCAUACUAACCACUGGAGAAAUUGGGAGAGCUGCUGAAGGGAACCUGGUGUCUUUUGCUCUGCUUCGUCUUCUGCACUGCUUGCUGUCCAAGUCUAAUCCUGUGUCGGUAGCAGCCUACACCGAGAUCCAGGCUUUGGCCACCUGUAGACACCUCAAACUGCAGUCCUUCUUCAACCAGUACAGGAACCCAAUUUGCCAGUUCUUGGUGGAGUCUUUGCAUUCACGUCAUGUGACGGCUCUGCGCUGCACGCCAGAUCAGAGCAGCGAGGCUCUGCAGGAGGAGGCGGCCCAUCAGAGAGAGCUGGCACUGGACAUCCUGUCUCAUGUGGCACAUGUCUUUGAUUUCCCUGACCUUAAUCGUUUUCUCAAUCGGACUCUACAGGUCCUUCUUCCCUUUUUGGCAGCCAAGGCCAGUCCUACAGCUUCUGCCCUGAUCCGCACUAUUGCCAAGCAACUGAAUGUCAACCGCAGAGAAAUGCUCAUCAAUAACUUCAAAUAUAUAUUCUCCCAUCUUGUGUGUUCCUGUACCAAGGAGGAGCUGGAGAGAGCCUUUCACUACCUUAAGAAUGAAACAGAAAUUGAAUUGGGCAGUCUGCUGAGACAGGACUUCCAGGGUCUUCAUAAUGAGCUGCUCUUGCGUCUAGGAGAACAUUACCAGCAGGUCUUUAAUGGACUUGCUAUUCUAGCUUCUUUUGCCUCCAGUGACGACCCCUACCAGGGCCCAAGAGAAAUCACCACCCCAGGACGCAUGGCAGAUUAUCUGCAGCCCAAGCUCCUGGGCAUUCUGGCUUUUUUCAACAUGCAGCUGCUGAGCUCUAGUGCUGGAGAGAAGGAGAAAAAGAAAAUGGCUCUGAACAGUUUAAUGGCCCUUAUGAAGCUAAUGGGUCCAAAGCACAUCAGCUCAGUCCGAGUGAAGAUGAUGACCACACUCCAUUUUUAUACUGAACUGCUGUCAUUAUUUGAAUGUCGGGAGGGCAGGACUGACUCACCAGGUCGCCGUCUAUGGAGAAGAUUCCCAGAGCAAGUUCAGGAAAUCCUGGAGCCGCAUCUCAAUACCAGGUAUAAGAGCUCUCAGAAGGUGGUGAACUGGUCUAAGUUGAAAAAGCCUGUAUAUCUUACCAGCCGUGGAAGCAAAUUCUCUGACUGGUCUGCAACAUGGGCAGCAUAUCUCAUCAGUAAAGUUAGACAUGAGCUUGCUGGAAAAGUGUUCAACUGCUGUAGUUUCAUCAUAAAGCAUGAUUACAAAGUGACCAUCUACCUGCUGCCCCACAUUUUGGUCUAUGUGCUGAUUGGAUGCACUCAGGAGGAGCAGCGAGAGGUGAAUGAAGAGAUGAUGGCAGUUCUGAAGGAGGGUGACCCGCGGUUAGUGCGACUGCAGGAGAACGCCUCCAGUCUGAGUCAGCUCAGCACGCAAACCGUCUUCUCCAUGCUGGACCACCUCACUCAGUGGUCCCGCCACAAGCUGCAGAGUCUGAGUACUAACAAGAGGCCAGGCAAGCAUGCCAGAGAGCAGCCGCAGGCACAGGCCACAGGCCCAGAGAACAGUGAAUAUCAAAGUGUUGUAGCCUUCCUUAACCGUAUUCCUCAGGAUGUGCUGGCCAAGGCAUCCUUCCGCUCCAGAGCCUACACGCGUGCUGUCAUGCACUUUGAGUCUUUUAUCCGUGAAAAGAAGCAGAACAUUCAGGACCAUCUUUCAUUCCUCCAGACUAUGUAUGCGGCCAUGCAUGAGCCAGAUGGCGUGAGGGGAGUGAAUGAUCUGAGAAAAGAGGAGCCGUCAUUGAGAGAGCAGAUCCUGGAGCAUGAGAGCAUUGGACUACUGCGUGAAUCCACUGCCUGCUACGACAGAGCCAUCCAGCUCGAGCCAGACCAGAUUGUCCAUUAUCAUGGUGUUAUGAACUCUAUGUUGGGUCUUGGUCAACUCUCUACAGUAAUAACUCAGGUCAAUGGAGUUCUGGCAAGCAGGCCACGAUGGAAAUCCGAUCUGAAUGCGUACCGGGUCGAGGCAGCAUGGAAGCUGUCAAAAUGGGACUUAGUUGAGGACUAUAUUGCCUCUGAUUGUAAGUCCAGCACAUGGGGUGUCAGACUUGGCCAAAUGUUGCUGGCUGGCAAGAAGCAAGAUUCCGAGGCAUUCUAUGAAAAGCUUAAAGUAGCUAGGAAAGAACAAGUCGUCCCUUUAUCAGCAGCCAGUUUUGAGUGUGGCACCUAUCAGAGAGGAUAUGAGUACAUAGUCAGGCUGCACAUGCUGUGUGAGUUGGAGCAUGCCUUCACUGAGCUGCAGAAGGAAAGCAGAGAUGCUGGAGGAUCCAAGAAGCCUGAGCCCAAACUCAACUGGGAUGCCCGCCUACUCAUGACCCAAAACUCGUUCAGAGCCAAGGAACCCGUCCUGGCCCUGCGGAGAGCUCUUCUCAGUCUCAGCAAGGGUUCUUCAUGUGAGGAGCAGGUUGGUGAGUGCUGGCUGCAGAGCGCUCGUGUGGCCAGAAGAGCUGGCCAUCACCAAACAGCCUUCAAUGCCCUGCUCAAUGCUGAGAACUCUCUCUCUGAGCUCUUCAUCGAGAAAGCCAAAUGGCUCUGGUCUAAGGGUGAUGUGCAUCAGGCUCUGAUAGUCCUGCAGAAAGGUGUGCAGCAGUGUUUUCCUGAUGAACAGCCACUCACCGACCCAAAGAGAAUCCAGAUAAAAGGGAACGCCAUGCUGCUGGUGGGCAGAUACAUGGAGGAGACGGCCAACUUUGAGAGCAAUGCUAUUAUGAAAACCUAUAAGGAUGUCACACAUCUGUUACCAGAAUGGGAGGAUGGUAACUUUUACCUGGCCAAAUACUAUGACAAAGUGAUGCCCAUGGUCACUGACAACAAACUGGAAAGACAAGGCAACCUCAUCCGUUAUAUCGUCACUUAUUUUGGAAAAGCCCUGCAGUUUGGCAAUCAGUACAUCUAUCAAGCCAUGCCCAGAAUGCUAACCUUAUGGCUGGACUUCGGAGCCAAAGUUUAUGAGUUUGAAAAAGCUGGCCGCUCUGACCGAGCCCAGAUGCGUGCUGAACUCACUAAGAUCAAUUCCGUCAUCAGCGAACACACCAGCAACCUCUCGCCCUAUCAGUUCCUCACAGCCUUUUCACAGCUCAUCUCCCGAAUCUGCCACUCCAACAAUGAAGUCUUUGCUGUGCUGAUGGAGAUUGUGGCCAAAGUUUUCUUAGCUUACCCACAACAAGCUAUGUGGAUGAUGACUGCUGUGUCAAAGUCCUCCUAUCCGACCCGAAUGAACAGAUGUAAGGAGAUCCUGAAGAAGGCCGUCAGUCUAAAUGAGUCAUUUGGGAAAUUUAUCGGAGAUGCCAACAGACUGACUGACAAGCUGGUGGAGCUCGGCAAUAAACCAGUGGAUGGGAACAGCAGCACCCUCAGCAUGAGCGUACACUUCAAAAUGCUGAAGAAACUGGUGGAAGAGCCUACCUUCAGUCAGAUCCUGAUCCCCCUGCAGUCUGUCCUUAUACCCACCCUGCCUUCCACUGGCGGAGCCAACCCCAAACACGAUGCCUUUCCAGGACACUGGGUCUACCUCGGUGGCUUUGAUGACACAGUGGAGAUCUUGGCAUCCUUGCAGAAGCCUAAAAAGAUCUCGCUCAAGGGCUCUGAUGGAAAGUUCUACACCAUGAUGUGCAAACCUAAAGAUGACCUGAGGAAAGAUUGCAGGCUGAUGGAGUUCAACUGUCUGAUUAAUAAGUCUUUGAGGAAAGAUGCGGAGUCUAGACGGAGGGAUUUGCACAUUCGGACAUAUGCAGUCAUCCCUCUAAAUGAAGAGUGCGGCAUAAUAGAGUGGGUCAACAACACGGCGGGUGUACGCCACAUCCUCACAAAGCUGUAUAAAGAGAAAGGGAUCUAUGUCAGUGGGACAGAGCUGCGAAAGCUGAUUUUGCCAAAAACAGCAUCUUUUCAGGAGAAGCUAAAGCUGCACAAAGAUGUGCUGUGUGCCAGACACCCACCAGUUUUUCAUGAGUGGUUCCUACGGACGUUUCCUGAUCCCACCUCUUGGUACAACAGCAGGUCUGCUUACUGUCGCUCUACUGCAGUCAUGUCUAUGGUGGGCUAUAUUCUUGGACUUGGCGAUCGCCAUGGAGAGAACAUUUUGUUUGACUCCCUAACUGGCGAGUGUGUCCAUGUGGAUUUCAACUGCCUCUUCAACAAGGGGGAGACAUUUGAUGUUCCUGAGGUGGUUCCCUUCCGGCUCACUCAGAACAUGGUUCAUGCGAUGGGGCCGAUGGGCACAGAGGGCCUGUUCAGACAGGCCUGUGAAGUCACACUCAGACUUAUGAGGGACCAGAGAGAGCCACUCAUGAGUGUUUUAAAAACAUUCCUGCAUGAUCCUUUGGUAGAAUGGAGUAAACCUGUCAAGGGUUCCUCUAAGACACAAGUCAAUGAAUCUGGAGAGAUCCUCAAUGAGAAGGCUAAGACUCAUGUUCUGGACAUAGACCAGCGUCUUCAGGGAGUGAUCAAGAACAGGAAUAAAGUGAUGGGCCUGCCUCUGUCUAUUGAGGGCCAUGCACACUAUCUCAUUCAAGAAGCCACGGAUGAUAACCUCCUGUGCCUUAUGUACCUUGGAUGGGGUCCUUAUCUGUGAUCAACAUUUGCACUUCAGAGUUGGAGAACAUAAUAUUUCUGUUUAGUUC